AUAACCCUUUUUACAUCUGCUUGACAUCAUGACGGUUGGCAAGAAUAAGCGUUUAUCCAAGAAGGGCAAGGGAUCCAAGAAGAAGACUGUGGACCCUUUUUCAAAGAAGGAUUGGUAUGAUAUCAAGGCCCCUUCCGUUUUCACCAAGCGCAAUGUUGGUAAGACUCUUGUAAACCGUACGCAAGGUACCAAGAUCGCCUCUGACGGUCUUAUGGGCCGUGUAUUCGAGGUGUCCCUUGCUGAUCUAAACGACGAUGAGGAUCAGGCCUACCGCAAGAUGCGUCUUGUUGUUGAGGAUGUCCAAGGCAAGAAUGUUAUUACUAACUUCCACGGUAUGGACUUCACCACCGAUAAGCUUCAUUCUCUGGUUAAGAAGUGGCACUCGCUUAUCGAGGCCUUCGCUGACGUGAAGACCACGGAUGGAUACUACCUGCGUCUAUUCUGUAUUGGAUUCACCAAGCGUCAACCCAAUCAGGUUAAGAAGACCUCAUACGCCCAGAAUGCUCAGAUCCGCACCAUCCGUAAGAAGAUGGUCGAGAUCAUGACUACUGAGUCCCUAACUUCAGACUUCCGUGAGCUGGUCAACAAAUUCAUUGCUGGCUCCAUGGGAUCGGAUAUUACCAAGGCCACCAACGGUAUCUACCCUCUACAGAACGUUUACAUCCGUAAAGUAAAGAUCCUCAAGAAGCCUAAGUUCGAUCACCAGAAGCUUAUGGAGAUGCACGGAGAGGCUAGUGCCACCAGCGAGGGCGGCGUCAAGGUCGGAAACAAGGACUUCGUUGAGCCUAAGCCACAAGAAUCCGUCUAAACGGUGUAUAAACGGGCUGAAUAAACUCUGGUUCGUGUCAAAUUUAGAAAGAUGAA